AUGCGCCAGGGCGAAAAUGAUAAAGGCAAGGUAGCUUUUCGUAAAUGGUUUAGGCAUUUAGGGGAACUGCGAUCUUUAUGUCCAUAUGCUGUCUUGCUAGCCGUCAGUGCAACCUGCACCAGAAAAGCCUACAAAAAAGUAGUUAAACUUCUCAAUUUUAAAGAAGAUGCCCUUUUUAUCAGAAUGUCGCCCAACAAAAGUAACAUUAAACUUUCAGUAAGGAAGGCAAAGAGCCUGGAAAUCGCCAUUUUCCCUGUAGUAGAAAUGAUACAGUGUAAACAAGUCCAUAGGCUUCUUAUAUAUUGCUCUACAAUAAAAGAACUAUCAGAAUGCUACAGGUAUUUGGUCAAUGAGUGUUUGGAAGAUAGUGGUGUUAUGAUACAGAUGUAUCAUUCUGAGACCACCAAAGACAUUAAACAUUCAGUUCAAGGGUUACUAAGAAACCAAGAUAGCAAAGCAAUUAUUAUAGCGACAAGUGCACUUGGAUUGGGGCUUGAUGUGGCAAACUGUAACUCUGUUAUAAUUUACGGGCUGCCGAAAAGUGUGAUCGACUUGCUUCAGGAAAUGGGGCGAGUGGGUAGAGAUGGCAGAAAGUCAGUCGCCAUUAUUGUGUACAAAUCCACCCAUCUCCGCAACGCCAAUGAAGAAGUGCGAAAUGUAUGUACAACAAAUAUGUGCAGGCGCCAGGAAUUGCUUUCUACUCUUCUCAAUGAACAUGAGCUUGAAGAAAUAUCUCAAUCAACCCAUGAUCAUCAUAGUUGUUAUGACGAUUGUCAGAGAAAUUGCUGA